AAAAUUCAGAUGACAGGCACACUCAGUCGCAGCACCAGAGAACGAGCAGACAAUUAUCAACCUACACUUCCAAGCCCAUCUGACUUGCUUUGAGUGAGGUUCCUUCCGAAGCUGCCCUUAAAUCUACGAAAUCUUCAAGACUGCAGUGAUGGCUUCCUUUCACUCAUUCUCAGAGCUCCCAUUCGAAUUACGCAUUCACAUAUGGCACCUUGCAAAAGAGCCGCGGACUCUGGUCGUCCGUACCUGUGAUGAACCUGCGAAACAUCGCCGUCGCCCCCUCGAGUCCACCUUGAUCUAUUGCCGUUCGCCAAAUACUGUGCCCGCAAUUUUGCAGACUUGUCGAGAAGCGCGCAACAUCGGUCUGUAUGCCAAAGCCUUCUCUGGUGGCCUGAAGCCGCGAUAUGUCUGGGUUGAUUUCGAUCUUGAUGUGAUCCAGGCCUCAUUCUGGGAUCUGAAACUGAUGGGAAGCGACAAGAGCCUCUUUCGGCAUGUGGUUGUGGAAGUGAACGAUCUGGAGUCCUUCAGGCGUCACUACAGCGAUGCCCUCGCUGGCGUCGCGAAUCUCGACACAUUCCGAAUACUUUCGAAAAGGGGACUAGAAGACUGGAGCAUUGCGAUGGAUGAUGUCCCAAGGGAAGACGCAACCUCGUCUAUACAACGGGUUUUGACAAUCCCUACAACUUUGUUGGAGGGCCACAUCUAGGAAGAAGGUCUCAACUACAAUCAUGCCCAACGCAAGCUUCCA